AAUAAUCUGAAAAAUUAACGAACCAAGCUACAUCCACAAAAAUGCUCUAUAAAUUUCGAUAUAUCGAUAUAUGGCAAACUUCCAUCCCUAUUGUCGGCUUUUUGUUUCUGAUACUUUUUUAGUUUAUUUUGUGGAAUUACAAAUUUAAUUCGAAAAAUGAAGGACCUAAAGCGGCGUCCAUUGCACGACCAGAGACCAACGACUCCUUCCGAGCAGGAAGAUCAAGUGGACAAUGAGACACUCAUUUCAGAGUCGGGAGGCGGCUUUGAAGAAGGCACCUCCUCAUCCGGUGAGCAGGAAACCCGAGAUGACGAGUCACCGCCGACCACGCCCCCUGGGACUCCAGCUCCACCCGCUGAUCGUUCUAGAAGAAAAAGUCUGCCACCUUUCAAACCAACUUACACGCCAGAAAGCGCUCAACUGCCCAGCAGCAACAGUAACCUCUAUGGAUUAGCAUUAGCUGGUAUCCUGGUUGGCUGUUUCCUGGCAUUCGUAUUGACACCGACACCAGCUCCAACGUUCAAGACUUGUUCCUUUGAUACCCUUAGGAAUGUUCAGCCUAAACAGCAGGACAAGGUUUGGUUAGCCUUGCAGAAGGGCAUCGAAGGUUUGAUAAAUAAGAAGGACUAUCAUCCAAGCGUGUUUUUGUUCCUGCACCAGGACCCAAAGCUUCAGAAAUUUAUUGAUGCAGUUGCCUCUGAAGCAUCCAAGUGUUACGGUGGCCCCAGUCAACUUAUUCACAUGAGCAAGGAGGACUUUGGCCCCGGUUUGGACAACUCUGCCCUGGCAAUUGAGCGCUUUAAGGCAAAAGUGAAAGACGGAAAGGUCUUUUUGAUUGUAAACCUUAAUGAAAUUGCCCCGAAUGGUGCCCGAGCCUUGCACACGAUUUGUGAUACCUAUAGCCCCAUCGUAGAGGACGCUGUCAUCUUCCUAACGCUGCGUACCUUUAAUACCACUGCUGCAAGGAACUCGGUCGAGCUGGCCACGGAUACCUUGUACGAUCUGUGGAGUAAGGAGCUGCAUGACAAUGAGCUAGAUCCUUUGAUAACCCGCGUCACCGAUCAGGUGUUACACCUAAAUAGUUAAGAUGCUAAUUUUAUCAGGACUUUGAAUGUUCUUUACUUUUUCAAACUCAUAAUGUGCUUCAAGCUACAAAAUAUAAUUUAUAAACACUUG